CUCUUUGAGUCAGUCAGUCAGACCAUCUAACCAACAACUGCAAACCGCCUGCCCUCAAAAGAGUGAAAAUCGGCACCGCCCCCCUUUCUUAUUCUUCUUCGUUUGAAUCUAUCUAUUCUACACUUGGGUUUCUCUCCCCUCCCCUCCCUCCGUCUUCUUCCAUCUGGGUUUUUCAUUUCAUCACUUCUGCCUCUCUAUUUCCUUCUCUAUGAGAUCAGUUUCUUGAUCACACCUUUUGUUUUACUUUUCUACUCAUGGGGAGGUACAUAAAGAAGUCAAAACCAGUUGGGGACCUUGUUCUUAUGGAGGUCUCCCAGUCGCAGUCUUCUCUCGGUGGGGUUCGUACCCGGGCCAAAACCCUUGCUUUGCAGCGCCUUCAGAAACCCACGUCGGCGGGGACUACGGUAGCCGGUUCCCCGGUGGUGAACGGAGAAGACUCGUACCUUCAGCUAAGGAACAGGAGAUUGGCAAAACGCCCAAUUCGUGCUGUCCAUUCUAAGAGGCAAAAGAUUUAUCUAUCGAAUUCUAGCCCUAGUUCUAACUUUAUUCAGCCUAGAAUGGGGGAGAAGAAUUUGGGUGUGUCGGUUUCCAUUGGUGGAUCGGAGAAGGUGGAAGAACAAGUGAAUGGGAAAACAGAGGUCAAGGAGGAGAUUGAAGGAAAGGAAAAUGGUGGUGAUUUGAGCAUAGAAGCUUCUUUUGGUGAGAAUAUGUUGGAAAUUGAUGGCAAAGAGAGGAGCACAAGGGAAAGUACACCUAUCAGUUUGAUUCGAGAUCCUCAGAUGGUUACAACUCCUGGUUCUACUACUAGACCCCAACCUCGAUCGAGCCUAACUAAUUCAAUGAGAACACAAAUCCCAACCUCAGAGGAAUUGGAUCUCUUCUUCGGGGAAUCUGAGAAAUUACAGGAGCAACAAUUCAAAGAGAAGUACAACUUUGACCCUGCGAAAGAUGAGCCUCUGCCUGGACGUUUCAAAUGGGUGAAGCCGGAUCUGUAGAAGAAGAAGAAGGUGUAAUGACAACUGGAUAUGUUUGAUGGUCUAUCAGUUAUCUUACUGUAAAGAAACAACAACAAAAGUAGUUGUAGCAAUAGUAGGGCUGUUAAGUUUAGUUUGUUGAUCAUGAUCUCCUGUAACAUUACAGAACCUAUGACUUAGAAAACUGCAGCAUUUUAGAUUUUUUUUUAGGUUUCCAUAAGAGGUGGUACAUAAUUUACUAAUUAAGUUUAGUUCUAUCAACCAAAACUCUUGUUAGGAUGAUGAUGGUGAUGAUGAUACAUCUUGAAUAAAAACAGAAUGCUUUCUCUUUAA